CGCCCACAAGGCUGUCCGGGCAGGGAUCCACACUUUGGCUGUCUUGGAAUAGGGAAGAAGAAGAAGAAGAAGAAGAAAAUAAAGCUUUGUUGUAGCCGUGAUCUCCAGCCUGGGAAGGGAUUUGGGGGGGUCGCUUGUGUCGUUGGGGAAUGAGCGAUGUGCUAGGGAUGUAUUGAUGGCUGAGUGAGAGGCAGGGCCGUGGGCAGCUCCGAGCAGACACAUUGCUUCUCUCUCUGCCUCUCUCCAAGUCACUUUCAUCAGGCUGCAUUUCUCAAGCGACCUUCUACUAAAUCGCACUCCUAGGACUGACGGUUCAAGAUGAAGAGGAAAGUAAUGUUCAUAGAUUGUCUCUGGGCCUGGACCAUUGUGUCGAACCUAUUUAGUGAAAUAAGCUGCGGACAAAGCACAGAAGAUGAGAUAAGGGAUAAUACAACUAUAUUCACAAGAAUUCUGGACCGUCUUCUUGAUGGCUACGAUAACCGCCUAAGACCAGGACUGGGAGAGCGUGUGACUGAAGUGAACACGGAUAUCUUUGUCACCAGCUUUGGACCUGUUUCUGAUCACGAUAUGGAAUAUACAAUCGAUGUAUUUUUUCGUCAAGGAUGGAGGGAUGAAAGAUUGAGGUUCAAGGGCCCCAUGACUGUUCUCCGCCUUAACAACUUAAUGGCCAGUAAAAUAUGGACACCGGACACUUUUUUUCACAAUGGGAAAAAAUCUGUGGCGCACAACAUGACCAUGCCAAACAAACUGCUACGGAUAACAGAGGAUGGAACUCUUUUAUAUACCAUGCGGCUGACUGUACGAGCAGAGUGUCCCAUGCAUUUAGAAGAUUUUCCAAUGGAUGCACAUGCUUGUCCCUUGAAAUUUGGAAGCUAUGCCUAUACAAGAGCAGAAGUGGUGUAUUCUUGGACCAGGGAACCAGCUCAGUCUGUUGUAGUAGCUGAAGAUGGCUCUCGUUUGAAUCAGUAUGACCUUCUUGGUCAAACGGUGGCAUCUGGAAUUGUCCAGUCGAGUACAGGUGAAUAUAUUGUUAUGACAACUCACUUCCACUUGAAAAGAAAGAUCGGCUAUUUUGUCAUUCAGACCUACUUACCGUGUAUCAUGACCGUCAUUUUGUCUCAGGUCUCUUUCUGGCUGAAUAGAGAAUCUGUUCCCGCAAGGACUGUAUUUGGCGUUACAACUGUCCUUACCAUGACAACUCUGAGUAUUAGUGCCCGGAAUUCACUACCAAAAGUAGCUUAUGCCACUGCCAUGGACUGGUUCAUUGCAGUAUGUUACGCUUUUGUCUUCUCUGCCCUGAUUGAGUUUGCGACGGUGAAUUAUUUUACAAAAAGAGGAUACGCAUGGGACGGAAAAAGCGUUGUUCCAGAAAAGCCAAAAAAGGUGAAGGACCCUCUUAUUAAGAAAAACAACACAUAUGCUUCUGCAACUGCAAACUAUCCUCCCACCAUACCACGGGAUCCCGGUCUGGCAACCAUCGCCAAAAGCGCAACCAUAGAACCGAAAGAUAUUGAGCCAAAACCAAAGCCAGCAGAACCCAAGAAAACAUUCAACAGCGUUAGCAAAAUUGACCGGCUAUCAAGAAUAGCAUUUCCUCUUCUUUUUGGAACCUUUAACUUAGUUUAUUGGGCAACAUACCUUAACCGGGAGCCAGCAAUUAAACCUUCAAAUCCACCUCAAUAAUCUAUCAACUCAUAAGUUUAUGUUCUGUCUUUUGCACUGGGAAUCACUUCCGGUAGCUAAAAUGGAAUGAUUCCCAUUUGCCAUAUUGCCUCUGUCUUAAGGAUAUUGAAGGUUUGCUUAUGAAAUAUAACAAGAAAAAAGGAGACCUAUGCUUGAUGCCACGGUUCAAAUAUGAUGUAUUUACAGUAUAGACGGCAUCUUUGAAUUGUGUUUUUGAACCGGAAUGUGAAAGCGAGGUCUCACAAUAAGAGCCAAUUAAAAGCAUGUUCCUGAAAUACCUAGCAGUUAGAAAUGCGUCCAGUACCAUAUAAACAGUCUCUAGUUUGCAGGGAUAUGUGCUCAAAUCUUAGUAAAUUGAAGUGAAAUUCGAGUACUGUAAAUACAGGUUCUCUUCUCAUAUAUGAUCUCAGAGAAAAACAUCGGUUCCACAUAUUGAACUACGUAAACGACACAAUUCCUUCAAGAUGAUUCUGAAACCAUAAUAAUGAAAGCAGAAAAUCAACAAAGUAAUCGGAAGCAUUCUUUCUGCAAGUAUAACCAGUCAUUGCCUGAAAUAUAGAAAUCUAUUCUUGAAUACAUUUUUUUUUUACUUUGACAUAAAUGUGGUUAGUCAUUGAGUUGCUAUGUUUACUCUGGAAAGAUAUUCUUGUUUUUAGAUUGUUGGCUUGGCCUGCUUUCAUAGGCAAAGAAUUACAGCUGAGGAGGGCUACUUAUCAAAUAUUUGUCAAAGGUUUUGGCUCUGUUGACUUUGAUAUAAGCAAAGCUGUUGGAAUGGAGUCUAGCUACCAACUUCUACUGCAGUUAAAAGUAGUAUACUGUACGUGUCACAGAAUUAGAGAUUACACUACAUCUCGUGAAAUGUUUUCAUAUGAUAAACAAAAAUGUUGCAUAGGCCAAAUAGAAAUGUAGUCUUUCUGUUAUCAUGCUACAGUACAAUAUAUGGGUGUAUGUAAAAAUUAUAGUCCUGAUAUGUCUAUUAAUUUAAAUAUACCAAUUUCACAAGGCUGAUAAACAUUUGUUAAACAUU